CGAAGGGGUCGGACUAACGCCGCGCGGCCCGAUCUCCAGUGUGCGUGAGUUUUUACGUAAGUUCGCCGGGAAAUUGGUGUGCUCGUUUUCGCCGCGUGGGAGUGUUGUUUUCCGUCGCCAGGAUUGAGGUUUCCUUACGUUUAUUACGUUACGGUGUCGAAUUAAAAGUAUCCGAUGAUCGUGACAGUCGAAUUGCAGGAUCGCUCAAGAUCGAAUGUUUGCCCGAUUCUAGUGUGACUGUAUUCGCCGCGUGGUUUUACGUUGCCAGGAUUGAGGUUUCCUUACGUUUAUUACGUUACGGUGUGGAAUUAAAAGUAUCCGAUGGAAUAUUUUGAAACCGACUGUAACAGUCGAAUUUGUCGAGAUCGAGUGCUCACCCGAUUCUAGUGUGGCCGUUUUCGCCGCGUGGAAGUGUUGUAGUUUUCCCGCUGUCAGAAUUGGAGUUUCCUUAAGUUUAUUACGUUACGGUGCGGAAUUAAAAGUAUCCGAUGGAAUAUUUUGAAAUCGAUCGUAACAGUCGAAUUUGUCAAGAUCGAGUGCUCACCCGAUUCUAGUGUGGCCGUUUUCGCCGCGUGGAAGUGUUAUUGUUUUCCCGCUGUCAGAAUUGGAGUUCCCUUACGUUUGUUACGUUACGGUGUGGAAUUAAAAGCAUCUGAUGAUCGUAAUAGUUGAAUCGCAAGAUAAGUCAAGAUCGAAUGUUUGCCCGAUUCUAAUGUGACCGUUUUCGGCGCGUGGGACUGGUGUUUUUCCGUUGCCAGGAUUGAGGUUUCCUUACGUUCAUUACGUUACGGUGUCGAAUUAAAAGUAUCCGAUGAUCGUAACAGUCGAAUUGUAGGAUCGCUCAAGAUCGAAUGUUUGCCCGAUUCUAGUGUGACUGUUUUUGCCGCGUGGAAGUGCUAUUGUUUUUUCGUUGCCAGGAUUGGAGUUUCCUCACGUUUGUUACGUUACGGUGUGGAAUUAAAAGCAUCCGAUGGAAUUGCACGAAACCGAUCAUAACAGUCGAAUUACAGAUCGAAUGUUUACCCGAUUCUAGUGUGACCGUUCUCGCCGCGUGGGAAUGUCAGUGGUUUCCCGUAAGCAAGAUUUACUUUUCCUUCCAUAUAUUACGUUACUUGGUUUACGUUACGUCACGUUCUAUUAGUAAAGGCAUCCGGUGUUAUUUUUCGACACUCAUCGUAACAGUUUUCAAAAUUGUCCCCCUGAGAUAAGUGUUGCGCCUCUCGUUACGUGAGAAUAUCCAUGCCUCCCGUGAGCGAGAUUUGGGUUUCCUUAAGUUUACUAAGUUGCCUUGCUUACGUCAAGCACCCACAACGUGAUUAACAUGUGCUACUAAAAAUAUCAAUGAAAAUCCCGUAGUUCAAAUAGAGCACUUCCCCCGGUGAAAAUAAUUAGUGUUUUAUGGGUUGAACUUCAAUUUCAACCCACGAAAAUCGGCUCCAGUUUAUGCUGAAAGUGGCUUUCGGGAGUGAUGUGAUGUGUGCCGCAACAAGUUAAAUCUUGUGGAGGAAAAGUUCGAUUUUCAUUGCGCGGGAUUGUGCCCGAUUUCAAUCGGGGGUUAAUUAUGAUGGACUGUCGGUUGUGACUUGGAUUACCCUCAUCCCUCAUGACAUCGGAAAUGCGGAGGAUUUUAUUUUGCCUAUGGAUACUUCUUCUGCUCUUCCUUGACGUUUGUCAUGGCUUGGAUCUUGUGCACUGCGGUUCACCGUUGGGGAUGGAGUCGGGAGAGAUCCGCGAUCAAGAUAUAAUGGCGAGCUCUUCCCACGAUGCUAGCAUGACAGGACCCCACCACGGCAGAUUGCGCCACGAAAAGUUAGGAGGGGCGUGGUGUCCGAAAAACGUCGUGACGAAAACCGCCCACGAGUACCUGGAGAUCAACUUGAACAGCCUGCACAUAAUCUCCGGGACUCGAACCCAGGGCCGCUACGCCAACGGGCAGGGCCAGGAAUACGCGGAGGAAUUCAUGAUCGAAUACUGGAGACCUGGCUUCACGUCGUGGGUCCGAUGGAAAAACAGGAACGGAAAACAUACGUUGGCGGCAAACGGAGACACUUACACCGUCAAAGAGCAGAAGGUCGACCCCAUCAUCGUCGCUUCCAAAGUCCGAAUCGUUCCAUAUAGUCAGUACAUGCGAACAGUCUGCAUGCGAGUUGAGCUUUUGGGUUGCCCCUGGACCGAGGGCGUAUUGAGCUACUCGAUGCCACAAGGUGCCUCAGCUAAAAAUCAAGGAUUGGACCUUUUGGAUGAAACAUAUGAUGGACUACAUGAGCAGAAUCUCCUGAUUCAAGGAUUGGGACAGCUCACUGAUGGAAUAUGGGGUCAUGACGACUUCAGAUCAGACGUGAAUGGAUACGGCAAAGGUUACGAGUGGGUUGGCUGGCGAAACGACUCCACUGGCAAUGCUGGGCGUCCUCUGGAGAUGGUCUUCGAAUUUGAUAGGAUGAGGAAUUUCUCUGCCAUGUACCUGCAUUCAAACAAUUUGUAUUCCAAAAACGUUCAGGUAUUUUCACGAGCCAAAGUUUACUUCAGCACGGGAGGGCAGCAAUUCUCGCUGGAACCGGUUCACUUCACCUACAUGACUGAUCACGUGAUAGAGCAAGCCCGCAACGUCACUAUCAAGCUCCACCAUAAAUGCGCCAAAUUCCUCAAAGUUCAACUCUACUUUGCGGACAAGUGGAUACUCAUCAGCGAAGUCUCAUUUGAAUCUGAGCCGGUUGAUGGAAUCGAGAGUGAACCUAAAGAGGAGGACAACAAGAUUAGCAAACAUAGCGAGUACCCUCUGCAAAGAGACCAAGUUCAUACGACACCCACCAGAGACUACCAUCUUCAGAAUUCAGACUUAGUCGGAGGAGUGCCGCCGCCGCCGGGCCCGGCCGGGAAGGACUCGGACUCGCAUCGGAUCGUCGGCUUCGUCAUCGGGACGCUGAUGAUCGUCAUUGUUGUCUUGUCCGCGGCCAUCGCCUACAUCGUCCUGCGCAACCGGCGCAUCAAGGCCGCCGGCAACCCCCUCUGCGCCCUCCCCGCCAGCUUCACGCCCGAGAAGAACAUCCCGCUCAACAUGAAGGAAUUGCAGAUGAGAGUGAGCGUCAACGCUAGUGGCCGCGUCUACGGGCAGGUCUCGUUGGAGGAUCCAGAAAAGGCCGAACUUUACCAUGAGCCCUUCGGGAACAUGUACUCGCAACCUGUUCUUCAAAGGCUCCCUCUUAGUCCUGAGUAUACAGAUUUACCUGGCUCAAGGCACCAAGACUACGCGCUGCCGCAAAUAAGUUCGUAUCAACAGAAUCACAAACCGCCCCCAUCUUUACAAACCUUACUCCCCAAACCACCCUCCGUGCCUCCGCCUAAUGAGCAGUUCUACGCAACUACUGAUAUAUGCCAGAAAAUGCCUAUAUCCCCCGGGUCAAUAUCAUCUCACUCGGGACACUCACUGAGAUCAUUAGUUACCGAGCCAAUCGCCAAAUUCCCCACGGAUUAUCUGAGGGUCCUAGAGAGGUUUGGUGGCGGUCAGUUUGGAGAGGUUCAUUUAUGUGAAGCCCUCUCUUUUCCCGAGUCUGUCCCAGACGAAUGUAGGAAGUGUAAACUAGUAGCAGUUAAGACUCUUAGAAAAGGCGCUUCCGACAUCUCUAGGACUGAAUUCAUCGAGGAGGUCAAACUACUAUGGCCCCUGAGGGAUUCUAAUUUAGUGAGAGUUCUAGGAGCUAGCCUGGAAGAUGAACCACUGUGCCUAGUUAUGGAGUAUACACAAUUUGGUGAUCUGUAUCAGUUUCUGCAGGAACACGUAGCUGACACAACGACACCAGUGCCUAGCAAUGCCAAAGUUCUGAGCUAUGGCUGUCUCAUAUACAUGGCAACUCAAAUAGCCUCAGGGAUGAAAUACCUAGAGAACGUUGACUUUGUCCACAGAGAUCUAGCAGCUCGAAACUGUCUCCUGGGUCCUAACUAUACGGUGAAAGUAUCGAAUUUCGGCAUGGCGAGGAACCUGUACUCCGCAGAUUACUGUGAUUUAGACGGUAAAACUGCAUUACCAAUCCGGUGGAUGGCCUGGGAGAGCAUACUUCUUGGGAAAUUUACCACCAAGAGUGACGUCUGGUCAUUCGCUGUAACCUUAUGGGAAGUUCUGACCUUUGCACGAGAGCAGCCUUUUGAGGAGCUGAGUGAUCAACAAGUGAUCGACAAUGUCACACAUUUUUACCAAAGAUCAAAGCAACUAGUCCUUCUUCCAAUGCCUAUCAACUGUCCAAAGGAGAUAUACGAUUUGAUGCGUGAAUGCUGGCAGUGUAAGGAUACCGACCGACCGACUUUCCGGGAGAUUCACCUGUUUCUCCAACGCAAAAACUUGGGAUAUAAACCUGAAAUGACUUAAAGUGCAUUUACUUAUAAAUAUACACAUUGUGUUACCACUCUUGGGUAGAGGAUCAUGGACAUCUUCUUGCCAUUGUAUGUAAGCCACUGAAAUGGCUCCUGCAAUCAUCACUUUCUUUCAUUGAGAUUCCAUGUCGCAACAUCAAAACAGCAACGGUUAAUUAAAUGCUCAGAUAUUUGUCAAAAAUAAAAUCAAUUCAGAUACGUGCAGCGAGAGAUUGUAAAUUCGGUUCUGUCUAAAUAUUAAAAAAGAAUAUUGAAGGAGACAUGAAGAUUUAUUGUUAAAUUUGAUUUUUUUGUCUUGUUUUGAUACAAACUUUGACGCGUUAUACGUUUUAUUAACGCUCAGGGUAUUUCCGGUAGGUAUAAUAUUUUUUCCGCUAAAAAACCUCUAGUGCUAUUUUUCCUUCAAAAACGUUAUAAACAUAUAUGACUGUGCUGGAUGGUGCGUCCAUAAUGAGCGCCAAGUAAUAAUGAUGUCAGCCUGGACAAAAUGUAUUCACUAACUGUAUUUGUUUUGAAUUCCGUCACCGCAACGCCAAUGGAAUCAUUUCAUCUUUUUCCUAAUUUUACUUCUAUGAAACUGGUGAAAUAAUUACCAUACUAGUGGCUUAAUUCAUUGGAAUUUAUACUGAUUAAUACUUCCACUAGAUGAAAAAUAAAUUGAGUAAAAAAAAAAUAAGUGAAGGCACGGUACAUUUUUUUCAUUUAAAACAAUGAAGUCAAUUUUGUGCUUCAUUGAGAUAAAUGAAGGUUUUAUUAAUGGCGGAAUCCCAGUCUUAACGCCAUUACUAUGGCUGAAUCGUAGUAUGGACUUGAAUCACCAAUCGAUUGUUAAUGACAAGGAAUUUGAGCAAAAAAAUGUUCGACAUGGUGCAUAAAAUACAUAAUCAAUACUUAAGUAUACUCUGGUUGCGAUUUGUUGCAUAAAGAUGGACACUAGGAGUUUGAGUCAAGUGGUCUGUAUUAUUGCUUUCUGUGAUGUUAUUUAGUUUUUAAGCUAGGAAUCAAUUAUUAUGAUUGUAAAGUACAUCUUGUAAUUACUUUAA